AUGCGCGGGUCGCAGCCUCGCUCCUCACUCGGUCAUUCCCAGUCCCGUAAUUCUGACAUUCGACCCUUUCAGUCAGAAUCACUUGAUCCUGCUGCGCCAGGCGGUCCCCCCAUCGAACUUGCGACCUUUACUGGCGCCGAGUCGUCACGGACAGAAAGAGACAGAGACAGAGGCACAGGCAGGGACGCGAGACGGUCACAGAAAAGGCUCCUCAAACUUGAGGAGCUCGCCGACCGGGACGACGAGAUGAAGUUCUCCCACAGCAUCCAGUUCAACGCUGUUCCGGACUGGAGCAGCCACUACAUCUCCUACAGCAACCUCAAGAAACUCAUCUACUCCCUCGAGAAACAGAUCAACCGGCGGACGGGCGAGGUGCAACCUCAAGAUGAAGAAAAUACCGCUCUGCUGGGCGGCUCGCUCGACCCGGACACUACCUUCAAGCGCAUGCUGGACUCGGAGUUGGACAAGGUAUGCUCCUUUUAUAGGUUGAAAGAGCUGGAAAUCUUUGGCGAACUGGACCAGCUUUUGAAAGAUGUCGAUGGCUACAAGGUCGAGACGCAUGACGUGGACAUGGAAGAUGUGGUCGAAGCCGAGAAUCGUCGGAAGGCCAUGCGCUCGUCGAGCAUAUUCAACGUCCCCUUCCGUCGGCGGAGAAGGACUUCGACUAUGAGUGUCAGUCUAGAGGAGCCUGAAGGCGAUGACAGCGACAGCGACGCUGAAGACAAUGCCGCCAUGAUCAGAAAAAAACCGUCCGGCCGUCCAAGGAGUAAAAGCACUUGGAACACAGAUGGGUCAGACCAUUCUGCAGUGGCGGAAUCUCGCGAAGACCUACGAGCGCCAGACUCGCCCGUGUUCCUUAGGAGGAGACCCAGCUUGGCCAUGGAACUCGAGGCGUCUGAUCCGGGUCAUCUAUCAUCAUUGUAUGAUUCAGGCAUCAAUCUGAAAAAGCGCAUAAUCGGCAUCUAUGUGUCCUUGUGCGAGUUGAAGUCCUUCAUCCAACUCAACCACACCGGAUUCAAGAAGGCAGCCAAGAAGUACGACAAGGUGUGCAAUCGAGAUAUUCGAAAGGACUACAUGGAAAAAUCGGUCAACCCGUCCUACCCGUUUCAGGAAAAGACAAUGACCCAUCUUGAUGAGAAUAUUGCAAAGGUGGAAAAGGCCUAUGCUGACGUCGUCACCAAGGGCGACCAGAACAUGGCCCGGAGGGAGCUUCGACUCCAUCUCCGCGAGCAUGUCGUGUGGGAGAGAAACACCGUCUGGCGUGAGAUGAUUGGCAUCGAGCGCAAAGCUCAAGCCGCCAACUUUGGUAUCAGGCAGACCUUGCUGGGUGGAGUACAAGAUCCAUCAAAGGCACGACUGCAGGGUGAUCGAGAAGCUAUCGACACAAAGGAAAUCGUCACCCCCGUGGGUCGGUACAGGUGUCCGAAGUGGUUGUUCAGUGGUACCUUUUUCACUCUUCUCGGCAUUCUGGCGGUUUUCGUGGCCUUGCUCUACAUCCCGAUCAUGAAGCGUCCAGAGCAGCAAAAUUGUCUAGCGAUGUUGGUCUUCGUGUCGUUGCUCUGGGCCACCGAGGUGAUUCCCCUCUUUGUCACCUCUCUGCUGAUUCCUUUUCUGGUGGUCGUCCUGCGAAUCAUGCGAUCAGAAGAUAAACCUCAUCACCGACUGAACCCGAAAGAUGCGACCAAGUCCGUCUUUGCGGCUAUGUGGACGCCGGUCAUCAUGUUGUUGCUCGGCGGUUUCACCAUCGCAGCGGCAUUGUCGAAAUACCACAUAGCAAAGAUGAUGGCAACGUUUGUGCUUAGCAAAGCCGGCACCAAAGCCCGCAACGUGCUCAUCACCAACAUGUUCGUCGGCAUGUUCUUGAGCAUGUGGAUCUCCAAUGUUGCCGCACCUGUGCUGUGCUUCAGCAUCAUUCAACCGAUCCUCCGCAACCUACCGGCGGACAGUAACAUGUCCAAAGCCUUGAUCUUGGGAAUCGCUCUAGCGUCGAACAUUGGCGGUGCCGCCUCACCCAUCGCCUCGCCACAGAAUAUCAUCGCGCUGCAAAACAUGAAACCGCAGCCAAGCUGGGGGAUCUGGUUCUUCAUCGCUUUGCCGGUGUGUAUCCUCAGCAUCAUUUUGAUCUGGCUUUUGUUGGUUGUCACCUUUAAACCUGGCAAGGGAACCACCAUCGUGCCUAUCCGACCAAUGAAGGACAAGCUCAAUGGUGUGCAGUAUUUUAUCAUCCUGGUCACGCUGAUCACCAUUGCCCUGUGGUGUGCUUCUCAUCAGUUGGAAAGUGUAUUCGGGGAUAUGGGCGUCGUUGCCAUCAUCCCUCUGGUGCUGUUCUUCGGUACGGGUAUUUUGACCAAAGAAGACUUCAACAACUUCCUGUGGACGAUCAUCAUCCUGGCUGCGGGCGGUCUUUCUCUGGGUCGCGCAGUUUCCUCGUCGGGGCUGCUCCACUCGAUUGCCAAGGGUAUCACCGAGCGUGUGGACAGUCUCUCGAUAUAUGGCGUACUCGUGGUCUUUGCUUCGUUGGUGCUUGUGGUCGCUACAUUCAUCAGCCAUACAGUGGCGGCGCUGAUUAUCCUACCGCUUGUGGCGCAGGUGGGCGAGAGCAUGAAGGAGCCGCACCCGAAUCUGUUGGUCAUGGGUGCGGCGUUGAUGUGUUCAGCGGCGAUGGGGUUGCCCACGUCCGGAUUUCCGAAUAUGACUGCAAUCAUGAUGGAAGUACCCGAGACAGGCGUGCGAUAUCUGCGAGUCAAACACUUCUUGACCCGCGGUGUUCCGGCAUCUGUUAUCACGUUUGCAAUUGUGAUUACUGUCGGGUAUGGCUUGAUGAUGGCUGCUGGUCUUUGA